GUUACAAAUCGGUAAUUUUAUUAAAUUAUUAAAUUAAUAACUUUACGAAGCCAAGGCGAACAUUGACAUUUUUGUGAUGAGUCACAUGACUCACACGGAUGCGAUAGAAAUCAUCGAGAGAAAAACAGUGAGAAAUCAGUGAGAGAAAUUUGUAUUUUAUUAUUACUAAAUAAUUAUUAUAAAGUUAUUAUUAUUUAGUUAUUGUUAUUUCUCAAGGAGGCGAAAAUUCAGGACUUGGCACCUCCGACCGGGUUUUAUGGAGAUUUUUUAUAUAAACAACGAAUACAAUAGUCAAUACAUAAAAGCAACAUGACAGAAGAAAACGACUUGAAAUCUAGUGUUGAAUUGGCGACAAAAAACAAUAUUAAAAGCUGCAAAAGAGAGUGCUAUCAAGAGACAUGUCGAGACAUUGAGAAAGAUAAUAAACGAAGUCAAUAAACUAGUACGAACGAUCGAAGCAGAGAAAAUUACAGCAAAGGAAAACAGUGACGAGAUUGACACAUGGAUCGGUGAAAUUGAGGGAAAAUUAGACGAGGGCGACGAGAAAACAAAUAUUUUAGAACAGUGGUUGAACGAAACGCGAGAGAAACGUGAAUAUAGCGUUCAGAAAAUGAAAAUUGAACUUCGUGAGGCCAAGAUGAAAUUACAAGCUCCGCAAAUAAGCAAAGAGUCAAAAGAACCAGCGAUGUCAAGUGACAUUUCUGUCCCAAAUAUAAUUUGCAAGCUAAACUGCCGAAAUAGACAAUUACAAUAUUUGAUGGAUCGUAUGGAGACUGUCGAGAUAUUGAGGACUAUUGAUAAAACAAAUGUACCACCCGUAACGAAAAUUCACAUAUUUGAAGAGUUCAGAGUUGCUAUAUAUGCGACAAAGCAAAACGUGCGGCCGAGGCUCUUCCAUUUACUGCACAGGGUUACAACAGAGCGGUUUCAAUUCUGAAGGAUAGAUUUGGAAAAUAAAGUGAGAUAGUAAAAACGUAUGUCAAGGAGAUUCUCGAACUUCCACAUACAGCAACAUCAAAUCCUACAAGAAUACAUGAAUUUUAUGAGAAGUUAUCAUAUUGAGUACAGUCACAGAGACAUUGAAAAAAGUGGGAGUUGUGACUGGAACUGUUGCAACAAAUUGCCAAACAUACGGGGUGAUUUAGUAUGAAACGAAUAGAUUGAGAGAAAUGGGACUACAUUCAACUAACCGAAGCAUUGCAACUUUGGACUCGAAGUAAUCCAGUCGAGGCACAGAAACCAGAUGAUGGGAGAAAGAAACAAGAGCGGCGACAAGGCGGUUAUCAGUUCUCAACGCAACAGAAUUCAUUUCAGAUAAGUAAAAGUUGUCGAAAGUGUAUAUAUUGUAAUUCUGAGAGCCAUAGAUCUGCUGAGUGUGACACAAUUUUAACAUUCGAGGACAGGAAAAAGUCUCUGCUGUGCUUUAACUGCACAGGGCCCUCUCAUAGGGCAGUUGAGUAUAAGAUUGUCUCGAAGUGUCGAUUUUGUAAUGAACGUCAUCAUACGUCAAUUUGUGAUGCACUCAAAGCAGACGAGCAUGAGAUAGCGAAAACAACUCAUACCGGGGGGAUAAUGAAGUUAUUUAUCCAGUGGUGAUGGUUGAGGUAGACGGGAUUAAGACACAUGCACUGCUCGAUACUAGAGCUGGAAGCUCCUAUGCUUCCAGAAGUCUACCCAAUGCAUUUAAGAGAAAACCAAAAGCUGUCAAAACAAAACAAAUCGAAAUGAUGUUAGGACCGAUGAUCGAGAUUCAUUGCAAUUUCACUGGAGAAAGACUGGAAACGAUUCAAUACAAAUCUACCGGUUUACUCGAGUCCUGUCUGGACUGACUUGCUCCCCAUUCCUUCUCGGGGAAGUCCUUAAACACCAUCCGGAUGAUUGGGAAGAUCGCUAUCCCGAGAUAGUGAAGCAAUUACGCUUCUAAAAUGUUGAUGAUUUCAUUACAGGGAGUACCACAAUCGCAAAAAUCCAGACCCAGAAGGAGAAAACUAUCGAAUUUUUGGACGAUGCCAUUUUCACAAUACAUAAGUGGCCUGUCUACAGAAAGGCAAAAAACCAAUACAAUAGGCAAAUGAAAGGUACAAAGUGCUCCUAUUAUCGAGGCAAACUACAUAACAAUUCAGGAAAUUUAAAACAAACAUGGAAAACACUCAACUAAUUGAUGAAUAGAAAGUCAACUAAUAAUAAAAUCCCAGAAAUGAAAGAUGAGAAUGGUGAAGUAAUUGACGAAACGCUGAUCCCUAAUGCCUUUAAUAAAUACUUUGUUGAACUAGGGGAAAAACUUGCGAAUAAAAUUCCUCAAUCGAAUUUUUUACCGGAUAGUUUUCUCAGUGAUGUACACCAUCCAGCUAAUGGGCUCCCUAGCUUUCAAGAAAUUUCAGAAAAUGAUGUUUUGACUCUACUUCAUGGUUUAGGGCCCAAUAAAGCAUCGGGAAUCGAUGGUAUCUCCUCUCGUAUCUUAAAACUUUCGACAGCAGUUAUUUCACCAUCCCUAACAUCAAUAUUCAACCAGUCAAUCUUAACAGGCAUAUUUCCCAAUAAUUGGAAAAUCGCUAGAAUUACUCCGAUCUUUAAGUCUGAAGCUAAAGAUGAAAUGACAAACUACAGACCAAUAUCCGUUAUAUCAGUAGUUGCCAAAAUUGCAAAUCUAUAAUUAUUUACAAAACUAUAAUCUACUUUCAAACUCCCAACACGGAUAUAGACCACUUCACUCAACUGUUACAGCAUUACUGGACAUAACCAACGAGUGGUAUACAAAUAUUGACAUUGGGAAACUAAAUGCGAUUGUAUUUCUGAAUCUGAAAAAAGCAUUCGAUAUUGUCGACCACAAUAUACUCUUAGACGAAAUAGCAGUUUAUGGAAUAAAGGGAACGGCACAUCGCUGGCUGGAGUCGUAUCUAUCAAAUAGGACCCAGUGCUGUUGUGUGAAUGGCAAACUAUGA